GUGGUGUGCGGGAUAUAGUUCCGGCGGGGGUCGCUCUCCUCCAUCUUGUGGUGAGGCGCGGCGCCGCCCGCAGACACACUCACACACACUCACACACACAGCGCUCAGCCCCACACACAGCCCCAGCGCCGCACCUCACCGACCCGCGGCCCAGCACCAGGCUUCCCGCUCACUCGCUCCACGACGACUCAGGACCUAAGGCCGGUGGCGGCUGCUUGUGGUGGUGGUCUCUGCCUUUAUCCAGGGAGCGGGGCCGGGGACACGGAGGUCACGUCCAGCAGCUUUAGAGACAGCGAGUGGGGGAGCGGCUCCUGACACAGACCCGCGGAUGGCGCUGAAGCGGAUUAACAAGGAACUCCUAGAUUUUGCUCGUGAUCCUCCAGCACAGUGUUCUGCAGGUCCAGUUGGAGAUGACCUGUUCCAUUGGCAGGCUACGAUCAUGGGACCUAAUGACAGUCCAUACCAGGGUGGUGUCUUCUUCUUGACAAUUCAUUUUCCAACAGACUACCCUUUCAAACCACCCAAGGUUGCAUUUACUACAAGAAUUUAUCAUCCAAAUAUUAACAGUAAUGGCAGCAUCUGUCUUGAUAUUCUAAGAUCACAGUGGUCCCCUGCAUUAACUAUUUCUAAAGUUCUUUUGUCCAUUUGUUCACUCCUAUGUGAUCCAAACCCUGAUGAUCCACUAGUGCCAGAGAUUGCACGCAUCUACAAAACAGAUAGGGAAAAGUAUAACAGGCUAGCAAGGGAGUGGACAGAGAAGUAUGCAAUGCUCUAGGCCCUGGGUACAACAGAAUAGCCCGGGAAUGGACUCAGAAGUAUGCAAUGUGAUACCUUGGAAUUUGAAAUACAUUAUAGCUGGAAUAAAGUUUAAAUUACUGAUUUUCUCUGGUUUUCCUAUUUGGCUGCCCCCUUGUAAGACAUAUUUGCCCCCUUCCCCCUCCACUCCCAAUCCACAUGUUCUCAUGAGAAGGCAAUGUACUUCUGCUUGGACAAGACCAGCUUUCUGAAUUUCUAAUGUAGUUUCAUCAAUCAUCUGAAAUUCUGACCUUUUAUAAAUGGAGCAUGUGUUAAGUAGCCAGUACCCUCAUAAUAACUUGGUUAUGAUGCAUUCCUCAUUGCUGUAACAACGUGCUGAUUUUUACAUGAAAUUGGAUGCGUCAGCAGUUAAGCUCCAUCCUUAAAAGAUUGGUGUGGUGUUGGUACAGCUUCUUUCAUUUUCCCUUGAUAAAUAAAAUUUUAGUUUCCAUGAUUUACUUUAUGCUCAUAACUUUGUUAUUGGUUGUGAUUGGCUGAAUGUUAUAGUAUCGGCAUUAAUUAAAAUAUAUGCUGUAUUUUAUGCAUGUUAAUAAAAGGAGUGACUGAAGGUUUUUGUUGGUUCUACACAAAACAGAAGUGGAACUUACUGUCUCAAUCUUCCUUCCUCUCCCAGAAAACUAGGUCAGAUAAUUUUGUAAAUUUCACUUAAAGUAAUGCUUUUUUUAAAAAAUAGAACUAUUAGUUAAUCUGUUUUCCACGGCACUGUUUUACAUGGCACUGAAUUAUGAUUCAAAUCUGUUGGUGGUAGACUGAUCAACUAAUAGCUCAUCGUCAUUGUGUUUUUCCUUAAUAAAGUUGCAUAAACCA